AUGUCCCAGAUUUGGAAUCAAAACGGUACUUCAAAUACCUCAAACAAUGAAAAUCAACAACAACAGCAGCAGCAUGUAGUGUUGCCUUCUUUUUCAAAUAUUAACCCUGAAAAUACUACCAAUAUAUCGCAACAAAGUAAUAAUAAAUCUACUAAUACGACACCUUCGUCAACGUCAAAUACUCCAAACACUGGCGUGAAAUUGGAAAACUCAAGCUCUUUAUCAAGACCAAAUUUACCGAAAACAUCUACAACUCUAUCAGUUGCUAGUUUCGAUAACCCUCUACCUCCUGCUCCUGCUGCGCAUCUCCAACAGCAGCAACAGCAACAGCAACAGCAACAGCAAGCUGAUGGAUCAUACUAUAGACCCUUAAAUGUAAAAGAUGCUUUGACUUAUUUGGAACAAGUAAAACUACAGUUUAAUUCAAGACCAGAUAUCUAUAACCAUUUCCUCGAUAUCAUGAAAGAUUUCAAAUCUCAAUCAAUAGAUACCCCAGGCGUUAUAGAAAGAGUUUCAACUCUGUUUAGAGGUUACCCAAACUUAAUUCAAGGUUUUAACACCUUUUUACCUCAAGGUUAUACCAUCGAGUGCUCUUCAAAUCCAGAUGACCCUAUCAAAGUCACAACUCCAUUGGGUUCUCAAAUAGUAACAAAUAGUAGUAUCGCAAAACCAGCUUCUGCGUCUCCUUCUGCUCCUUCCACAACUGUCGCCCCUACUUCUACUGCCACUACACCUGCUACUACGGCUACUGCUUCUACCGCAACUGUUACUGCUACUGCUCCAACUGCUGCCGCCAAUAAUACUGCCGCUACCACAACUACUACUGCUCCGGCUCCUGCCCCAGCUCCGGCUCCCGCUCCUGCUGCUGGCCCAACAGUUGCUCCUGCUCCAGUAGUUGCUACUGCACAUGCCGCUGUGACCACAGCCGAUGCUGAAUCAAAAAAACCUGCUGUCUUGCAAGUUUCUAAUACAAACACAGGAAUCUCUUCACCAUCAUCAACUAUACCUGCAGGAACAGUACCAGGCACUACCGUAGCUAAUAACAUUCAAGGCACUACUCAGAUCGAAAAGCCAGCAGACGUCGAGUUUAGUCAAGCGGUCAGUUAUGUUAAUAAGAUCAAAAAUAGAUUUGCAGAUCAACCUGAUAUUUAUAAACAUUUCCUAGAAAUCCUUCAAACUUAUCAAAGAGAGCAAAAACCUAUUAGUGAAGUAUAUGCUCAAGUCACGGUACUUUUCCAAAAUGCUCCUGAUUUGUUAGACGAUUUUAAGAAAUUUUUACCAGAUUCAUCUCCUUCAGUAACUACUCAACAACCAGUGCAACCACAGCAACAAGCCUUACCUCAACAGCAGCAACCAAUGUAUGGGGUCAAUAAUGGUUAUUAUCAAGCUGGUAAAAUUCCAUCUGCUAAUCAGAAUUUACCACCACUAGGUAACUUUUCACCACCAUCUAACGGUGCUGUUCCAGGAAGACCUGAGGAAUUUUCAACAGAAGCCCAACAUCAUAUGAUGGCACUACCAUCAAUGUUACAAGCUCCUACCGAGCAUGCACAAUUACAUGCACAACAACAUAUUGCGCCAAUGACUAAUGAAGCUAUUCCAAUCUCAGAUCUAAGGUCCCAAAUAAUCGAUAAUAAUCAUGUACAUAAUUAUACACCAAUUGAAUUGGCCCAACUACAGCAACAGCAACAGCAACAACAGCAGCAGCAACAACAACAACAACAACAGCAAAUGCAAUUAGAAGCUGCAUAUGCCACAGAAGGGAUUGUAAGACCAGAAAUCGAUUUGGACCCUAGUAUUGUUCCUGUAAUUCCAGAACCUACCGAGCCAAUUGAAGAAAGUUUGUCCCUAGUUGAAGAAGCAAACUUCUUUGACAAAGCAAAGAAAUUUAUUGGUAAUAAACAGGUUUAUGUUGAGUUUUUGAAGAUUUUAAACCUAUACUCUCAAGAUAUUCUUUCUUUAGAUGAUUUGAUUGAAAAAGUUGAUUACUAUUUGGGUUCUAAUAAGGAAUUGUUUGACUGGUUUAAAAACUUCGUAGGAUUUCAAGAUAAACCAAAACAUAUUGAAAAUGUUGUUCAUGAGAAGCAUAAAUUAGAUUUAGAUUUAUGUGAGGCUUGUGGGCCAAGUUAUAAAAAGUUGCCGAAAACAGAUACAUUUAUGCCUUGCUCAGGAAGAGAUGAAAUGUGUUGGGAAGUUUUGAAUGAUGAAUGGGUAGGACAUCCUGUUUGGGCUUCCGAAGAUUCUGGUUUCAUUGCACAUCGUAAAAACCAAUAUGAGGAGACUCUUUUCAAGAUUGAAGAAGAAAGACAUGAAUAUGAUUUCUAUAUUGAAUCAAAUUUGAGAACUAUUCAAACAUUGGAAACAAUUGCAAGCAAGAUUGCAAAUAUGACUGAAGAAGAAAAACAGGCCUUCAAAUUACCAAUAGGUUUAGGACACACCUCUACAACAAUUUAUCAAAAAGUUAUAAGGAAAGUUUACGAUAAGGAAAGAGGUUUUGAGAUAAUUGAUGCUUUGCAUGAGUACCCAUCUGUUGCGGUUCCUGUUGUAUUGAAAAGAUUAAAACAAAAAGACAAAGAAUGGAGGAGAGCUCAACGUGAAUGGAAUAAGGUUUGGAGAGAGUUGGAACAAAAAGUAUUUUUCAAAUCACUAGAUCAUUUGGGUUUAACCUUCAAACAAUCUGAUAAGAAAUUAUUAACAACAAAACAAUUACUUGCAGAAAUUAGCAGUAUUAAAGUUGACCAAACUAAUAAAAGGAUUCAUUGGUUAACACCAAAGCCAAAGAGUCAGCUAGAUUAUGAAGUGAAAGAUAAGCGUGUAUUGUUUGACAUCUUACGUUUAGCAGAUGUUUUUAUUAAUCAUACAUCAAGUUAUUCUAAUCCAGAUAAGGAACGUCUAAGAGACUUUUUACAAUCUUACAUUGGAUUGUUUUUCUCUAUUCCGAUUAGGGAAAUCAAGGAUGCAGUCGAAGCUGCAAUUGACAAUGGAAAACAACUUGAUGAAAAUGAACAAAAUAGCUCUAAAAAGAACUCUAAUAAGCGUCCUCGAGAUGUUGAAAUUUGUUUAAGUGAUAUUUUGAAUAGAUCCAGGUACCAAAGAUUAAAACACAGUUUGGAUUCAUCUGAAGCUUCCUUAGGUGCAGUUUCCCCAGGUCAGAAUGAACAAGAUGAUAUGGAUGAAAUGAUAAGACAAGAGGCUAAGAAACCUUGGUUGUUAGGAAGUUUAGUUGAAGAAGCUAAUUCACAAGGGCUAAUUCAAAACCGUAAAAUAUACAAUAUGUUUGCCAAUGUGAACAUGUAUGUGUUCAUGCGUAAUUUGAUAACUAUAUAUGACAGGUUACAUGAGGUUAAGGAUAUAAAUGAUGUGGUAACGAAAGAGAUUAAUGGUCGUAAGGUUGUUCAAUUUGCAAAAGAUUUAAAUCUGAUUUCGGCCCAAUUGAAGAAUAUGGGAUUGGAUUUUAGUGGAGGAGAUAGUUAUACCCAAUUAUUGCUUCUAAGUAAAAGAUUGAUCGAAGGUGACCUAGAACAUCAAUGGUUUGAAGAAAGUUUGCGUCAAGCAUACAGAAAUAGAGCAUUCAAAUUGUACACCAUUGAUAAAGUUAUCCAAUCAUUAGUUAAGCAUGCGCAUGCUAUAAUGACUGAUUCUAAGUCUUCCGACGUAAUGGCAUUAUUUGAGAAAGACAGAAUAUCGUCUUCCACAACCUCGAAGGAUCAAAUCCUUUAUCGUCUACAAACUCGUUCCCAUAUGUCUACUACAGAGCAUAUGUUUCGUAUUGAAUAUAAUACGAAGAAAUCUUCAAUUUCAAUUCAGUACAUUGCUCUAGAUGAUCUUACUUUGGAAGAACCAAAAACCUUAGAAGAUAAAUGGAAGUAUUACAUUACCUCCUAUUCAUUAUCUCAUCCUACAGAAGGUAUUCCACAAGAGGAGAUUAAGAUUCCGUUUUUGGAUAAAGUUAUCGAAUCAGAGCAAGUCCAUAUGGAGGACGAAGAUGAUAAUCCUAAAUAUUCUCCAGAAGGUGUUUCUAAGUCUAACCUAAUGAUAAAAAUUGACCCAGAAACCUAUCGUUUGGAAGUAGAACCAGGAUCAUUUGACAUUUUCUCACGUAAAUCUGUGAAUAAAUUUCCUGUGGAUGUUUUUAGUGAAUCAUACAAGGUUAAAAAGCAAACUAGAAGAAAUAGAUGUAAAAACUUUUUAAAUGGUAAGCACGGGUGGAAGAGACAGCUGUCUUCAGACGCUAUUUCGAAAAUUGAACAGAAGUUUAAUGAUUUAAAGAACGGUACCUUCCAACAAAGGAGCCGAUCUGCUACUUCAGAAACUACCUCAGUUCCUUUAAAUGCAUCGGAUAGUACUCAAAAGGAACAAGAAUCUACUGGUACCAGUGAAACAUCCCAACCAGCCCUACAAAAAGUCCCUAUCAAUUCGGCAGAACCUGAUCAAGAGGAAAGAGGCAAUGAUACUACAACAGAAGAAGUAGAAAGUGAAUCUGUUGUCCAUUAA